GGACAGACUCGAGUCAAAAGGGGGAACAAUAGCAGCUGAAGCACCUGAUAAAAAAGGCCUGGUUCAACCUUGACGAUGGACAUCUAUUUUGCAUGGGGACCACUGGAAUACCUGACGAGAUUUUACCCUCAACUCUCAUCCCAGGAACGGUUGAGGGCUACAGGACUGACACUGAAAACCAGGCUUGACAGGGCGGAACUCAUUGAAACUUUUGGAACACUGAACAGUUUGGAGGAUGUUGAUCCAGAUAACUUCUUUAAAAGAUCAGAUAUAACGCAAACAAGGAACAACGGUUUCAAGCUCAACAUGUCAAGAGUUAAGGGGGAGGCAUGAUCACCGCCUAUACAAUUCUUAGAAGAUUUGACAGGAAUUGCUUAUUAUGUGAGUGAUGUCUAGCCAGCAAAAGAGAAGUAUAUUUGAUGAUUCAGAUGAAGAUGGGCCAUGCAAUGAGGAAGAAACAACAAAAUCUCUUGAACAGAAAGUCAGCAGCUCCAUCAAGAAUCAUUCCAAGAAGACAAAAGUGAAGGUUCAUAAGGAAAUUGCUGCUAAGAUAAAAGAACACACAAAUGAAGAGUAUCAUGCUAUUGAAGAAAAUGAACCACUCGAAGCAGAAAAAAUAGGCAAGGAUGCAGCAGGGGAGAGAACACCUGAAAAACUGGUAUUGACUCCAGCACAGCGUGCCCUAAUGGAGCAAAAGAGACAACAGGCACUUUUAUUAAAAAGAGAUAAGAUAAACAGAAGAAAUCCUUAUGUUAAUAAUGAUGAGAAGAAGGAUACAACAAAAGUAGUGCGAAUUAACAAUACAAAAUUGAUUGAUUCUGGAGGUGGCUUUUUCAUUGAGGAAAAUGAAGAUGAUCUCAGUGAUGACAUGCUGGCAGCAAUGAAGGUGGUGACAGAGCCUGCACCCUUGUUUGAGGAGGACCGACCCCACUGCCUGGAAUGUGAUCAACAGUUCAAUAAUUCUUUCCUCUUUCAAAACUUUGAUCACCCAACAUGUGAUCAAUGCAGAGAUACAGAUGACAAACAUUGUCUGAUUACUAAGACUGAUGCCAAAAAUGAAUAUUUGCUGAAGGAUGUCGACUUUGAUCAGCGAAAGCCACCUUUGAAAUUUAUUGUGAGAAAAAAUCCCCACAAUUCAAGAUGGGGUGACAUGAAGCUGUAUCUAAAACUUCAGGUCGAAAAAAGAGCUCUAGAGGUAUGGGAAUCUGAGGAAGCAUUAGAAGAAGCCUUAGAAAAGAAGGAUAAGCAACGCGAAUCAAAUAAGCAAAAGAAGUAUAAUAAAAAGAUGAAAGAACUGAGGAUGAGUGUAAGAAGCAGCUUAUACACUCGUGCCUCAAAAACUCACGAACAUGAAUAUGGUGAAGAAGUUUAUCUUUCUGAUGAAGAUGAGUAUUCCCGCACGUGCACUACCUGUGGGCACUCAUACACACAUGGUCCCUGCAUCUGCUGCUCAUCUCCUCACCGGUCAGCACAAAGAUUCAGAAUUCCACCACUGGCUGAGACAAGUCUGCAAAACACAGAUGGUGGUUAAGACUUUAAUGCCUGUUGUCAGAUAUAUCACAAAGGAUGCUUAACCACACACCUGGCAAUUUAUUUUGCAGAUAUAAUACAGUACAGGUACUAUUAAAAAAUUUAAAAUUUUAUUUUUAUUUAUUUAGUGAAAAUAUUGGGUAGAAUCAUCGAGCAUGAGCAAAGAGCAUGGCAGAAAAACUCUUACUCUAAUUUAAAAUAAAAAUAAUUAACCCUUACUGCCCACUAUGCACAUACAGUAAGUCAAUAUUUUAACCCCUAGGCUGCACCACUGAUUUUACCAUGCAACACUCAGAUGUGCAUAAAAUAACAAAAAUUCUAAAAAUUUCUUUCUUCUAAUAUUGUUAAAAUAUAUUCUCUGAUCAUGGAAAAAAACAAAAACAAAUUGUAUGUGACUUACUUUGGCAAUGAAGCCUGAAAAUUUUGCGAUGUCACAAUUCACAUGCACUCAUUGAGUAAUUGCUGCUAGUUGGUCGCCCUGAGCCAGCUGUCAGGUGGGAGUUGUUGCAAAUCUAUUUAUAUACUAUAUUUUAAUAUUUCUGUUUCUUUUUUUUUUCUUUUUUUGCAGUAAUGUUAUUUAGUAGUAUGUCUUUUGAGAAAUUUAUGCAAUAAAUGUGUGGCACGUCGGAAUGCUCAAAUAUAUUCGUUAUUAAGAUGUGUUUAUAAUAUUUGCUUGGAACAAUACAGCGUUAUAUUUUUGGUGUUAUUAUACUGUAUACACACUUCCAAUAUAACUACGUACAUUUUCAUGCAAGAUUAUUAACCACUAAGACAUUCUGAUAGGUUUGGUAACCUCAUAAGGUUUCCCAACGUCAAGAAAAUGGGCAAAUUAAAGUGUCCUCUCCUAACCUAUCAACGAACCCAAAACGGAAAUGGGACAGUACGUCACUUUCGCAAGCCACUUCCAUUUUCAAGUACGACAAUUUUUUGCCUUUUGUAAUGCAUACGAUCGAAAUGCGACGUUCUUAGUAAGAGGACAGGUUGGCUAGCGAUGGUUAGUAGACUAAACACACAUCUCAUGGUUUCCUUGAUUCUAUGUAUAACUAACCAUCCUGUGAGAUGGGGAUAUUAGAUGAACUUAUAGCUAGCUGUUGAUCCAUAUUCUGUAAUCCCUCCUAUAGAAUAGGAUAGCAGCACACUAUCGUGUUCCUUGGGUUGUUAAUAAAAAGGAAAAGUA